GUGGGACUCACAAGUACCGCCAGGCAGGAAAGGGUUAAAACGGAAAGCGGUCUAUAGAUUAUGUGUUGCUUUUAACAAAAUGGCUGCGAUUCCUCGUACUCAUGAAGAUAUCGAGUCACAGAUCCGAGAUAUCCAGUCCAGAAAAAAAGACCUUGCAGAUGGGUUGACUGAGAAAGACCGAGUGGGUCUGGGAGAGAGUGGAUAUUAUGACCGAGACAUUUAUGAUGGUGGAGGAGGGAAGUUUGAUGGUUACGUGACAUCCAUUGCUGCCAAUGAUGAAGUGGAGGAUGAAGAUUAUGAUGUGGUGCCAUUCACUCAGAACAAGAGGCCUGGCUACACUGCGCCAGCAGCCCUGCUCAAUGAUGUUGCUCAGAGUGAGAAGGAUUAUGACCCAUUCGCCGAACGGCGCCGGCCCACAAUUGCCGAGAAGGAAGAUGAGUACCGGCAGUACCGCAGGCGGAUGGUCAUAUCCCCAGAGAGAGUGGAUCCCUUCGCUCAAGGCGGCAAGACCCCGGACACUGGUUCCAGGACAUACACUGAGAUUAUGCGGGAGCAGAUGCUUCACGGGGAAGAAGCAGAGCUGCGCAAGAAGAUCUCUGACAAGUCCCGGGACGGCACGCUGAAGCCGGUCGCGAACGGCGACGUCCCCAAGUCUGCCCCCAAGAAGCGGGGCCGCUGGGACCAGACCACCGGCGACGACACGCCCACGCCGGCCAAGAAGAAAGCCACGGGGCCCACCGUCGUUUCCAACUCGUCCUGGGAGAAGGAGGAUGCCACGCCUGCCUCGACGCGCUGGGACGAGACGCCUGGCCACGGAAAGGGCGGGGAGACGCCCGGGGCGACCCCUGGCCAGAGCACGAGGAUGUGGGAGGCCACCCCGGGCCACGCCACCCCGGGGCACGCCACCCCGGGCCGGGAGACACCCAGCCAGGACAAGGCGUCCGCCCGCAGGAACCGCUGGGACGAGACGCCCAAGACAGAGCGUGAGACGCCCGGCCACAACAGCGGCUGGGCGGAGACGCCGCGCACGGACCGCACCGGCGCGGGGGGCUCCGCGGGGGACCUGAUCCAGGAGACGCCCACGCCCUCCGCCAGCAAGCGCCGCAGCCGCUGGGACGAGACCCCCGGCAGCCAGAUGACCCCCGGCGCCAUGACGCCCACCACGCCGGGGACGCCGCACACCCCGCACGGCACCCCGCACGCCUCCACCCCAUCCAUGCUCACCCCCAGCGGCAUCACCCCGACGGGGACCAAGGCCAUGGCCAUGCCCACGCCCACUCCAGGUCACCUGGCGGCCAUGACCCCUGAGCAGCUCCAGGCGUACCGCUGGGAGCGGGAGAUCGACGAGCGGAACCGGCCCCUCUCCGACGACGAGCUGGAUACCAUGUUCCCACCGGGAUACAAAGUGCUGGCCCCACCUGCCGGGUACAUUCCCAUCCGCACCCCAGCCCGCAAGUUGACCGCCACACCGACCCCGAUAGUCGGCACCCCGGCGGGAUUCUUCAUGCAGACGGAGGACAAGUCCACCAAGUUCAUGGACAACCAGCCCAAAGGCAACCUGCCCUUCAUGAAGCCGGAGGAUGCUCAGUAUUUCGAUAAGUUGCUGGUGGACGUGGACGAGGAGAGCCUCAGCCCGGAGGAGCAGAAGGAGCGCAAGAUCAUGAAGCUGCUGCUGAAGAUCAAGAACGGCACGCCGCCGAUGCGGAAGGCCGCCCUGCGGCAGAUCACGGACAAGGCGCGGGAGUUCGGGGCCGGCCCGCUGUUCAACCAGAUCCUGCCGCUGCUCAUGUCGCCCACGCUGGAGGACCAGGAGCGCCACCUGCUGGUCAAGGUCAUCGACCGCAUCCUCUACAAGCUGGACGACCUGGUCCGGCCGUACGUGCACAAGAUCCUGGUGGUGAUUGAGCCGCUGCUGAUUGACGAGGACUACUACGCCCGCGUGGAGGGUCGUGAGAUCAUCUCCAACCUGGCCAAGGCGGCCGGCCUGGCCACCAUGAUCUCCACCAUGCGACCCGACAUAGACAACAUAGACGAGUACGUGCGCAACACGACGGCGCGGGCCUUCGCGGUCGUGGCCUCCGCCCUCGGCAUCCCCUCGCUGCUGCCUUUCCUGAAGGCCGUGUGCCGCAGCAAGAAGUCGUGGCAGGCCCGUCACACUGGCAUCAAGAUCGUGCAGCAGAUUGCGAUACUCAUGGGCUGCGCCAUCCUGCCCCAUCUCAAGUCCUUGGUGGAGAUCAUCGAGCACGGUUUGGUGGAUGAGCAGCAGAAGGUGCGUACCAUCACCGCCCUGGCGAUAGCAGCUCUGGCCGAGGCGGCCACGCCCUACGGCAUCGAGAGCUUCGACUCGGUGCUCAAGCCCCUGUGGAAGGGCAUCAGGACGCACAGAGGAAAGGGUUUGGCUGCAUUCCUGAAAGCUAUUGGCUACCUGAUUCCUUUGAUGGAUGCCGAGUACGCUAACUACUACACCAGGGAAGUGAUGUUGAUCCUGAUCAGAGAGUUUCAGUCUCCUGACGAGGAGAUGAAGAAGAUCGUGUUAAAAGUGGUGAAGCAGUGUUGCGGCACCGAUGGUGUUGAGUCUCAGUACAUCAAGGAUGAAAUCCUGCCCCACUUCUUCAAGCACUUCUGGAACCACCGGAUGGCUUUGGAUCGCCGUAAUUACAGACAGCUGGUGGACACGACGGUGGAGAUAGCCAACAAGGUGGGGGCGUCCGAGAUCAUCAACCGCGUGGUGGACGACCUUAAAGACGAGAACGAGCAGUACCGCAAGAUGGUGAUGGAGACCAUCGAGAAGAUAAUGGGCAACCUGGGGGCCGCGGACAUAGACUCCCGCCUCGAGGAGCAGCUGAUAGACGGCAUACUGUACGCUUUCCAGGAGCAGACGCUCGAGGAUGUGGUAAUGCUGAAUGGGUUCGGCACCAUAGUGAAUCAGCUUGGUAAGCGAGUGAAGCCGUACCUGCCUCAGAUCUGCGGAACCAUCCUGUGGAGACUGAACAACAAGUCUGCGAAAGUGCGUCAGCAAGCUGCAGACCUUAUUUCCAGGAUUGCUGUCGUGAUGAAGACCUGCCAAGAGGAGAAGCUGAUGGGUCACUUGGGCGUGGUGUUGUACGAAUACCUGGGCGAGGAGUACCCAGAGGUGCUGGGCAGCAUCCUCGGCGCGCUCAAGGCCAUCGUGAACGUGAUAGGCAUGACCAAGAUGACCCCGCCGAUCAAGGACCUUCUGCCGAGACUCACCCCCAUUCUCAAGAACAGGCACGAGAAGGUGCAAGAGAACUGCAUAGACUUGGUGGGCCGCAUCGCGGACAGAGGGCCGGAGUACGUGUCGGCGAGAGAGUGGAUGAGGAUAUGCUUCGAGCUGCUGGAACUGCUGAAAGCGCACAAGAAGGCCAUCAGGAGAGCCACUGUCAACACCUUCGGCUACAUUGCCAAGGCUAUCGGUCCCCACGACGUGCUGGCCACGCUGCUCAACAACCUGAAGGUGCAGGAGCGCCAGAACCGCGUGUGCACCACGGUCGCCAUCGCCAUCGUGGCGGAGACGUGCUCCCCCUUCACGGUGCUGCCCGCGCUCAUGAACGAGUACCGCGUGCCGGAGCUCAACGUGCAGAACGGAGUGCUCAAGUCGCUGUCCUUCCUCUUCGAGUACAUCGGCGAGAUGGGCAAGGACUACAUCUACGCAGUCACCCCGCUGCUCGAGGACGCGCUGAUGGACAGGGACCUGGUGCACCGGCAGACGGCGUGCGCCGCCAUCAAGCACAUGGCCCUGGGCGUGUACGGCUUCGGCUGCGAGGACGCCCUGAUCCACCUGCUGAACCACGUGUGGCCCAACAUAUUCGAGACCUCCCCCCACCUGGUGCAGGCGUUCAUGGACUCCAUCGAGGGCCUGCGCGUCGCCCUGGGCUCCAACAAGAUCCUGCAAUACGUGCUGCAGGGCCUUUUUCACCCCGCUCGAAAGGUUCGAGACGUGUACUGGAAGAUCUACAACUCACUGUAUAUUGGUGGUCAAGAUGCGCUUGUCGCUGGCUACCCGAGGAUAGCAAAUGAUCCCAAAAAUCAGUACAUCCGUUACGAACUGGACUAUGUCUUGUGAAUAUAAAUAAACUGCAUUUUUCUUGUAUGCUUUGUGUUUGUGUAAAUAUUGUAAAUGUGGCAUUGUAUGCUCUUUAUUUCUGCACACUUUUUUUAUACCAAACUAAGUGAUAGUGUAGUUAGUGAUAUCCUGGCCAGUAAGUGCAGGACAUCAAAUGAGUUUUUUUAACCGUUUUCAAAAGUGUAUGGUUUUUGUAAAUGGUUUACAUACACUCACUAAAGAAUUUAAGGUUAAUUAUUAUUUGUCUGCAUUUUAUUUAAUCCAAUUUUGUUUCAAGACUUAAGCUUAAUAGUUAAUACCCGUCAUGGGAUGCAGAUUCUGCUGAGUUUGUAACUUCAUAUUCAAAGUUAAAAUAAACUUUCAAAAGAAUGUGACAGCUUAAGAUAUUUAAUUUCACUUUAAUUGUUUAACCCAUGAUGAGUAGUCAGUAAAACCAUUUUUUGAAAAAUAUAUUUGAUUCCUAAAUAUCUUCAAUCUUCAUUUCAAAUUCUGGCUUAUUCUCUAGCUAAGGUAUUUUAUCUUAAGUCACAGUCUGGUUUUGUUUUAAAGGGUAUUAGUAGGGCUGUGCAGGAUCUUCAAGGGUUUUUCAUCCUUUAGAGGAAAAUUUAGAGGAAACUAAUACUGAUCUGUAAAACAACCUAUUAGUAUGCAGGUAUUUAUGUUAAAAUUUUUAAUUACAUUCCAAUGGAAUUAAAUAAAGGGAUUCAAGAUAGUCGAAGGUAACAUAUGUAUUUCAGUUUAUCGUGUUUUUUAAAUCAAAAGCUCCUGCCAGGUAAUUAAGUUUGUUUUAAGUGUUGCAAGGAGAAAGAAAUUAGUAAAUACUGGGGUGGGUGAAUCAAAUCCUCAAAACCAUCAAAAGAUUCAAUAUUUGAGGAAAAUGAUUUAAAGAAAAAUAUUGUAAGGAAAUAAAGUAAAUUAAAAAAUUCAACACCAAUAACCUUUAAA